GACUCGUCUCGGAUCGUGCUAAUUCUACUACUACUUCGGAACCGCCGCCGCUCCCGGCGCCUCGGAUUAUCAACUACCGCAGGAGGUCGCGGCGGCAGGAUCGGUGGUCCAGCGUGCGAUGGCGGCGGCGCCUACCGUGCGGGGCUACGGGCCAGCGUCGCCGUCGUCGUCGUCGGUGGCGCUGCCUCGGCCGCGAUCGCGGGUGCCCGCACCGCUCGUGCCCGUGACGACGCGGCGGGGGGCGCCGUCGGUGCGCCUGCGCGCGGCGGGCGCGGACACGCCUCCCCGCGGCGGCCUGCAGCUCCAGCGGCGGGAGGAGGACGAGGGGCUGCCGGGGACCGUGUUGGGCCGAGGGGAGGACGAUGAGGUGUCGGAGAAGGUCGGGGAGGAGAAGGUGGAGAGGUGGAUGCGGGACUCGAUCGCGGAGAUCGUGCGGCACGUCGGGGAGGCGCCGUUCCUGGUGCACCUGUUCAGCAGCGGCGAGGGCGAGCGCGUGACGGUGCGGCGGGAGCCCGCGGCGCCGGAGAGCUGGCCGGACGUGCGGCGCCGGUGGGGGCCAGGCGGGGCGCGGAGGCCGGACGGGAUCAUCCUGGUCGAGCAGGUGGCCUCGGACGGCGGCGGGGCCUCCGCCGCCUCGGAGGCGGCGCGGCAGGUGUGGGGGCUGGUGGUGCAGGCGCGCGGCAUGGAGCGCGCGUCGUGCUACGUGCUUUCCACCUGCCGCGUGCGCUCGUCGGCCGGGUUCUGCACGCACUUCUGCCUCGCGCGGGCGCAGUGCUUCGGCGACCCUGUCGAGCUCCAGCUCCGCAACGCCUGGCUCAACCGCCUGGCCGGCCGCCGGUAGCCGCCCGUCGGCUGCUGCUGCUAGUGCUACUGAUACUACUAAUAGGAUUCGAAUCGAUGCUCCAAGGACCAAAUGCAAUGAUGCCUCCUCUUCGCUGGCAAGAACGAGGAAGAGAAGCUUGCAGAUUGGAUUUGAAGCAGGGGAGACGAACAUAUCUUUUCGUUCACUUGGGGUUCUCCCGGAAUUGGAUAUCAAUUGUACAGAUUAUUGAAUGUAAAUUUGCCUAUUCAAUCAAGAAGCAAUUCAUCGAGUCAAA